UCCGCAGCCAUAGCAGCGAAACGCGGUGGCGUAAACAAAGCGGAUUUCAGGAAUUUCUUUCUCUCUGAAGAUAUCUUUCCGAACGAAAAUUACAAUUACCAUUUAAAUAGGGUCGAUUUCAACAUAGGUUUGUUUAUAUAAAGUGAGCUGUAUGAAAAGCUGGAUCGAGAACAACUAUAACGCAAUUGACUGUUUACUUUUUCAGUUAUAACGCCAACAUUCGAUAGCUAUGUAGCUACUGCAUAGAUCGCGUGCUAACGUCUUCAGACUAGACGGUAGUUAGCAGUAAGUUAACGCGAGCUAGUAGCUGGUUACGUCUCCAUCUGUUGCACAAAAUGUGAACCAGCUAAACAUAAUGUCGUUUAUUCAUCUACUUCACAAUAAUUGUCAAAUGUCGCUAAUUUAAAGACUAUCACAUAUUUGUCUAACGUUACGUGUGUACUGUACUACAUGUCAUGUAAUUUAGUUAAAUCAAAGUUAACCUUUGUUAAACAGCUAGCUAAUUUGCUUGAGCUAACUAACGUUCCAAGUGUUAGCUAGACUGGCCAACGGCUUAUUGAGGAUGUCUUUUUAAGUAUUAACUUGACAAUCAGCGAUGCCAAAGAAUGACACUUUUUUGGCCUUUGGGCCUUUUUCAUUCAGUUGUAUGAAGAUAAUGUGUAGCUGAGAUUCCGACUACUGGUUGCUGUGUUUAUAUAUUUCGCUUAGCUGCAUGAGCCCCCUUUUCUAUAGUUACCUGAGUUUGGACUGCAAUGUUUAGUUUGAUGGCGAAUUGCUGCAACUGUUUGAAACGCUGGCGGCAGCCCGCAAGGAAAGUGACCCUGGUGAUGGUGGGUCUGGAUAACGCUGGGAAGACGGCUACCGUUCGAGGGAUCCAGGGAGAGAAUCCAGAGGACGUGGCUCCUACGGUUGGCUUCUCCAAGGUAGAUCUGAAGCAGGGGAAGUUUGAGGUCACCAUCUUUGACCUGGGAGGAGGGAAGAGGAUCAGGGGCAUCUGGAAGAACUAUUACAGUGAGUCCUUUGGGGUUGUGUUCGUGGUGGACUCCAGUGAUGUUAAGAGAAUCCAGGAAACCAGAGACACCAUGGCUGAGGUCCUCCAACACCCCCGCAUUGCUGGGAAACCGGUCCUAGUAUUGGCUAACAAGCAGGAUCGGGACGGGGCAUUGGCUGAGGCAGACAUCAUUGAGAACCUGUCAUUGGAGAAGCUGGUCAACGAGAACAAGUGUCUUUGUCAGAUUGAGCCUUGCUCAGCUGUCCUGGGAUAUGGCAAGAAGACAGACAAGUCCAUCAGAAACGGCUUGAACUGGCUGCUGAACAACAUUGCUAAAGACUAUGAAGCCAUCUCUGAACGAGUCCAGAAGGACACCGCUGAACAGAAGGCUCAGGAGGAACAGGAGAAGAAGGAGAGACAGGAGAGAGUACGAAAGAUACGAGAAGAGAGAGACCGUCAGGAGAAAGAGGAGGCGGAAAGGGAGGGACGGACACUCCAGGAGGAGGGACCAGACAACCCUGCCAUGCCCAGCCCUUUCCAGCCAAUUGGAAACGUCAUCAACGAGCAGAAUGAAGAGAAGUUCAAGGAGGAGAAGAAGAGGCAGAGAGAAGGAGGGCCGGAGGGAGGAGCCGGUAAUAUCAGCGAAGAAGAGCAGGAGGAGGAAGAGGAGGACAGCGAGAGACAGACACCAGAGAGCAGGGCAGCCCCCCCUGACCAGACCAAAAAGAAGACCAGGAAGUUGAGACUGAAAAGAAAACACAGAGUUGACCCUCUGACAGACCAGACUGCUCUGGAGAGCCCCCCCCCUCCUCCCCCACCUCCACCUGUUGGAUGGGCGACUCCCAAAAUGUCUAGGCUUCCCAAAUUGGAGCCUCUUGGAGAUACGAGACGAUCUGAGUUCUUCGGCAAGCCCCUCCCUCCUGUCGCCAACCGCCUCCAACUACCUAACAGUGACACUCAUGAUGUCAUAUCCUAGCGACAUUUAUCCCCCAUGGACCCCCCCCCCCCCUUUUCUAAUUAUCUUUCUCCAUCCUUGCCAAUAAUUCAAUUCAAGCUAUGUUAUUAGUCUCCUUAGGGACCCAGCCCCCCAAUCACAGUUCUUUCCUGUGGUUUCUGUUUAAAGUGUUAGCUGUAUAGAGUCUCCUCCACUGAACCACACCAGAAGACUGAGGGACCAUCGCUGACCUGUCUGGGCCUCAGGCUCAUGGAACCAGGAUGAUGCAGCAUCACUUUCCACCCAAACAAGAAGAAAAUUGACUGGAAUUAAUUGGGAAUACCUGAACUCUUCUAAUGAGAAACAUAAGAGGGAUUAGGGAAUUCCUGAACUCUUCUUAAAAGGGAUUAGAAAAUUCCUGAACUCUUCUAAGGAGAAACAUGAGAGGGAUUAGGGAAUACCUUAACUUUUCUAAUGAGAAACAUUCGAAACAUAAAACGGAUUAGGGAAUACCUGAACUAUUCUCAUUAGAAACACUAGAAAACAUCAAACGGAUUAGGGAAUACCUGAACUAUUCUCAUUAGAAACACUAGAAAACAUCAAACGGAUUAGGGAAUACCUGAACUCUUCUAAUGAGAAACACUAGAAACAAGAUGGAUUAGGGAAUACCGGAACUCUUCUAAUGAGAAACACUAGAAACAUGAAAUGGAUUAGGGAAUACCUGAACUCUUCUAAUGAGAAACACUAGAAACAUGAGAUGGAUUAGGGAAUACCAGAACUCUUCUAAUGAGAAACACUAGAAACAUGAGAUGGAUUAGGGAAUACCUGAACUCUUCUAAUGAGAAACACUAGAAACAUGAGAUGGAUUAGGGAAUACCAGAACUCUUCUAAUGAGAAACACUAGAAACAUGAGAUGGAUUAGGGAAUACCUGAACUCUUCUAAUGAGAAACACUAGAAACAUGAGAUGGAUUAGGGAAUACCUGAACUCUUCUAAUGAGAAACACUAGAAACAUGAGAUGGAUUAGGGAAUACCUGAACUCUUCUAAUGAGAAACACUAGAAACAUGAGAUGGAUUAGGGAAUACCUGAACUCUUCUAAUGAGAAACACUAGAAACAUGAGAUGGAUUAGGGAAUACCAGAACUCUUCUAAUGAGAAACACUAGAAAUAUGAGAAACGUUUUCUGUGGCAAAAUGUUUUUCCACAGUGUGCCGCAAUGAACACAGAGGACCGAAGCAUCUGUUUAAAGACUGAUAAAUGUAGCUGCGAUAAAGACUAUGAAUAGUAUUUUAUAUACAGUUUAUGAAACAGUUUGUUAGUUGGCCUAUCUUUUGUGUUCAUUGGUUUAAGCAUCUUCCCUUGAUGCUGAAAUGCAGUCUAUUUGUUGUUUUAUAUUGAUAAAAUAUAUGUAUUGAUGUAAAAUCUUACCAAUAUUGUCAGUAUUAUGCAUUCAUGUGCACAUAUACAGUAUGUGUAUAUACUCCCCCACACUAUCUUUUAAAUAAAUUAAUCUUUGAGUGCCAAAUGGCACCCUAUUCCAUCGGUAUGCCUGGUAGUAGUUCACUAUAGGGAUGUAGUGUAAUUUGGGCUGCACUCUGUUUUCACAUAAUUGUUUUAUAAGAGGGCUUUAUGACAACACGAGCUGCAUCUACUGUGCUCAUUAAUUCUAACUCAACUCGCAGUGUUUUACUGACCUGGGGUCAACUGUCUCCUCACCCAAGUAGCUUUCAAUAAUGACACUCAAAUAAUAUGUUGACCGUUGGUUUUGUUCUGUAAAUUGCAUAGCACGGCCCUGGUGGUGCUUUCUUCCCUAACUGUAGAGCACAACUUGUUGCUAGAGUCCCCGAUGCUCAGGUCAUAAAUUGUGCUCUAUAAAGGGAUUACAAUGCAACCAAGGUCUCAGAUGAGUUGUUCAUAUUCCUGGCUUUGUACAUUUAAACAGUUUGUUUUAUGUGCACUCAGAAAGGGCUAUUACCAGUCAUCUUCAUGGUUUAUUUCAGAUGCUACAAGAUUUUCUCGGCUUUCUCACUGUUGCUGGAGGCAUUGUUCUGUCACAUAUGAGACCAAUCCUGGAUCUGUCUGAAAUGUUUAGCUGACUUAUGAUACCCAUGUUAAACAUGACUACACCAACAGGUCUGAGAUCAGGGUAGCUUUGUGUCUCAUCUAGAAGCCUGUGUUGUUAUGGGCUCCAGUUACAUUGCUGCAAAAAAAGUCCCAAAAUUGAUUAUUUUUUAUAUAAAGGAGAUUAGAUUUUUAAUUUGAGGGAAUAUACGUUUUAUGACAUGGUGUCUACCAAUGACCAUAACAUUGUACCUAAAAUGCAUGGAACAAUUUUUAUUUUUUACUAGUAAAGCUGUCUUUCCUACCCUCUUGAGUCUGUACUCAAUUACAUCCUAUGAUAAUGUACCUUUGGCUGUAUUGAGGACAUUUAGGUAACUAUUUAUAACUAUUUGUUCUUGCAAUUUCAUAAUACUGUUUUU